GUACGGUCAGCCCCCGCCGAAGGGUUCUGUACGUGGCAGCGUCGGUCUGAAACCCCUCUCUGUCCUAUUCAUAACCCCUGGGUACCAAGUGAGAUUGCGUCCACAUACUAAAGUGUGAGCUUACACUUCAAGACCUUAGAGAAUACAGGUUAUAGAAAGAGACAGAAUGAGGAAGUUCCUGUCUUUCGCCCUCUGUGCUCUUCUCUGCUGCUGCUGGACAACACAGGCAGAGAUCUUCACUUCCAUAAGCCAAAUGACGGACCUGAUCUACACGGAGAAAGAGUUGGUCCAGUCUCUGGGUGAAUACAUAAAAGCAGAGGAGUCCAAACUUUCUGCCAUAAAAAGCUGGGCCAACAAACUGGACGCUCUGACCAGAUUGUCCACCUCAGACCCAGAGGGAUACCUGGCCCACCCUGUGAACGCCUACAAACUGAUGAAGAGGCUCAACACAGAGUGGUCCGAGCUGGAAACCCUGGUGCUACAGAACCCCUCUGAAGGGUUCAUUUCCAACAUGUCCAUACACAGGCAGUUCUUCCCAGAUGAGGAGGAUGAGAAGGGUGCAGCCAAGGCGCUGAUGCGUCUUCAGGACACGUACCAACUGGAUUCUGAGGCCUUCUCCAAAGGAAAGCUGCCAGGUAUUCACUCCAAUGUCAUGCUGACGGUGGAGGACUGCUUCGAUAUGGGGAAGACGGCGUAUAAUGACGCAGACUAUUACCAUUCUGUGCUGUGGAUGCAGCAGUCCCUAAAGCAGCUGGAUGCCGGGGAGGAAACAGAGGUUGCCAAGGGCGACAUAUUGGACUACCUCAGCUACUCUGUUUACCAAAUGGGAGACCUACCUCGAGCCAUUGAGCUGACACGGCGACUGGUGGCUAUUGAUCCCAGCCACCAGAGGGCAGGAGGAAACCUGCGUUAUUUUGAGGGCUUGCUUACCAAGCAGCUCAGUGAGCUGAACCAGGAGGACUACCCGCCGCCCUCUGAGGAGCCCAUCCAGCUGGGAACCUACACCAGACCCAAAGACCACCUCCCAGAGAGAGACAUCUACGAAGCUCUCUGCAGAGGAGAGGGGCUCGGAAUGAAUGACGUGAGGCGUAGCCACUUGUACUGCCGCUACCAGGAUAGAAACAGGAACCCUCGUCUCCUGCUGAAGCCCAUAAAAGAGGAGGAUGAGUGGGACAGCCCCCGCAUCGUACGCUACCUGGACGUCCUGUCACACGAGGAGACUGAGAGGAUUAAGCAGCUGGCCAAACCCAGGCUUGCCAGAGCUACUGUCCGUGACCCCAAAACAGGCAUCCUGACCACAGCCAACUACAGAGUGUCCAAAAGUGCAUGGUUAGAAGAGGAAGAUGAUCCUGUCAUUGCCAGAGUCAACCAGAGAAUAGAAGACCUCACAGGCCUCGAAGUAGACACUGCAGAGUUACUACAGGUCGCUAACUAUGGAGUUGGAGGACAGUACGAGCCACACUAUGACUUCUCAAGGCCUCCUUUUGACAAGAAUCCCGACGGAAAUAGACUUGCUACAUUCCUAAACUACAAAGAUGAACCUGAUGCUUUCAAAAGAUUAGGCACUGGAAAUCGUGUGGCAACUUUUUUAAAUUACAUGAGCGAUGUGGAGGCAGGAGGAGCCACCGUCUUCCCUGACUUUGGAGCAGCUAUCUGGCCUAGAAAGGGGACAGCAGUGUUUUGGUACAAUCUGUUCAAGAGUGGGGAGGGAGACUAUAGGACCAGGCAUGCAGCCUGUCCUGUCUUAGUAGGAAGUAAAUGGGUGUCAAAUAAGUGGAUCCACGAGCGAGGACAAGAGUUCAGGAGACCCUGUGGCCUGACAGAAGUGGACCGAAGUUAAACACACACUUAACAAACGUGCAAAGACGCAUGCACUGUAAACACACCCUCAGUAGUACCUUAAUUCGGUAAAUUAUUUAAUAACCCAUAGACACAUAACUCAACACCUGGCGCUCUCUGCUUCAACUUGUCUACAUCGUAAAUGUUUUGAGGAAAUUAUAUCAGCCUGAGGUGCGAAGAGGUACAAAACACAUGUACUCCCACACCUUCCCCACUAAAGUGAAUUAGGAAUAAAACGUGCGAAUUGUAAAUCAAAUUCCUUUAUCAAAACAAAACACAGAACUAUGUCAGUGCUAUGAUGGUUUGCCAAUGUACACCCACUGUACAGUCACUAAUAUCUUAGUAUAUGUUAUUAAGUUAUAAGCAGUUCAUGAGUUCUCUAACAAAUCUUUUGUACUGAUACCAAAAAACAAAUACUAAUGUUUUACAUUGUAGUCCUCCAUACUGCUCCAUUUACACAAUAAGAUUUGUCUAACCCCUAAAAAUGAAAAGCCCUUAUUUAUGUACCUAAUAUCCUAGCUUUUAAAAACAUACAUCGAAACAUACAGUUGGUGUGUUGAAGGCCUUACCAAAAUGGUUUCAGAGCAAAUGAGUGAAGUUUCAAUGUGAUAGACAUAUGUAUUGAGUUGAGAAAAAUUACCUUCUUUCAAUGAUUUAGUGACUCUUUUACCUAACUGUAGUUGAUGAUUACCUAAUGCUACAAUGGAUGCAUUGAAAAGGUAUAGGCUCUAUUUGAAGGUUUAAUAAGGAAACAUUUAAAGAAAAACAAACUAUUUACCUACAGUAUACUACUUUCAUUUUGUAGACAUAAAUAGGCUUUACUCUAUCUUCAUUUACACAUAUACUUGAUUACAUUCUCCUGACACUCUGUUAUGGUUUGCAUCUAAAGGGUUUAUUUUCCUUUAAACCUGAAAGAGAAACAUUUCCUCCAUAAUAUGUCCAUGAUGUUUUAUUUAUGUAGUGUUUAAAUUAUUUCACUGUUACAUGUUGUGCUCUUUGGUCAAGCUGGCAAACAAGCAAGUCUAAAUAAACUGUGUCUUUUAUUAAAA